GCGACUCACCAACACAACUGCCGAGGUGCGAUCCGAGCUUGGGACUAUAAAAGUCAAAACCAGAUCAGAAGCAAAGUGUAUUGCUCCAACAGUCCUUAGACUACGAGGAGGUUGGCAAAGUAGUAUUAUAUUAUUCCAAGAUGCAGACUGCACUGAUUCUUCUGUCAUCGGCAUUGGCCGUGAGCACAGGGAGCAUAGUAUCGCUGGUUCCGAUUUCGUACGUGGCGAGUCCGCUGCCGACGUACAACCAUGUCCAGAACACCCUGACUGGCGAAUACGCCUACAACUAUGCCGGAGGUCCGUCGGCCAAGGAAGAGAUCAAGACCCUCGACGGAGUGACGCGAGGCGCGUACAGCUACAUCGACGCCUUCGGCAUAGUCCAGUCGGCCCAAUACGUCGCGGACAAGGACGGCUUCCGUAUCGCGGCGACGAACGUGCCGACCGACGCCCAAGUCGGUGUAAACGUCCCGCUGGAAACCCCCGAGGUUCAGGCCGCAAAAGCUUCCCAUUUUGCGGAGCACGCGAAGGCCGUGGCUGCUUUGGGCCGCAGGAAGCGCAGUCUGAGCCACGCCGCGACGGCCGUUUCCAGCCAGUACCACCACCAGGAGCACGAGUCCCUCAAGCUUGAGGCCCCGCUCUACGAGCAGUACCUCUCCGCCGCCCCACUCCAGGCUUAUACCAGCUACCAAGUACCGGUCGCCGUUUCGACCGUUCCGACCGCCGUCUCUCACCAAUCCAGAAGCCAGACCCACAAUAACGCCAGGAUCGAGCUUUCAGCGCCCCUCGCCUAUGCCCAACUUGCAAGCCCUGUUGCCGCCGUUCCCGAGCAGGUGAUUAGCUACCACGAGGCCGUCGCACCGGUCGCCGUUUCGACCGUUCCGACCGCCGUCUCUCACCAAUCCAGAAGCCAGACCCACAACAACGCAAGGAUCGAGCUUUCGGCGCCCCUUGCUUACGCUCAAUUUGCAAGCCCCGUUGCCGCCGUUCCCGAGCAGGUGAUCGGCUACCAGGAGGCCGUGGCACCGGUCGCUGUUUCGACCGUUCCGACCGCCGUCUCCCACCAAUCGAGGAGCCAGAUCCACAACAACGCCAGGAUCGAGCUUUCUGCGCCCCUUGCUUACGCCCAAUUUGCAAGCCCCGUUGCCGCCGUUCCCGAGCAGGUGAUCAGCUAUCACGAGGCCGUCGCACCGGUCGCCGUGGCCGCCGUGCCGACCGCGGUUUCCAGCCAGAGCCGGUUCCAGGUCCACAACAGCCAGACGGUCGAGGUUCAGAGCCCAGCUCACCUCGAGCCUGUCGUUUCCGUAGCUCCGGCCGCCCCGGCCGCUCCUGGGGAUGAUUCGGUCGUCGUUGAGGCGAAGACCGCCGACGCUGCCGCGAUUCCGGUCGCCACGGUCGCCUCUGUGCCGACCGCCGUCUCCAGCCAGAGUCGGACGCAGGUUCAUUCUGGUCAGCGCGUCGAGAUUGAGGCUCCGCAGGUCUACGCCACUCGACUCAUCGACUCCUACGGUAAUCCAGCGGUCGCCGUCUCCUCCGAGACACUCUACGCACCGUCUCAUCUUGUCGCUCAGCUGCCCCAAGACACCCCGGAGGUCGCCGCCGCCAAGGUAGCCCAUGCCAAGGCUUACGCCGCCGAGCUUGAAAAGCACCAAGGGUGGUAGGGAGCCACCCUUUGCGGAAAACGUUAUGCAUAUAUAUAUAUACGACAUUAGCGACUGAUUUAGGCGCGUAUUCUCGCCAGGGACUGGUCAUCGGUGAAGAAAUAAUUAUUCGCGAUAAUGCAGUGUGCGAAUUUUCUCUGUAGGAAACUGUAACCGAAAGGGUGGUCUAGGAUUCAUUGCUAAUUUGUUUUCAUUAUAGAUCCGAAUCGUUCUUUCGUAUAUGAUUAAAUUAGGUUAUAAACUAAUCAUCAUUGAUUCAAAAUCAACUUCAGGCGUUGAACUUUUUGCUUCUGAAAAGUUAUACAGAACGUAUUUUCAAAAUUAGGUAUUUAAAAUUUGUUACGCUAUCAUCUAAUGGACACCCUGGUACAGUCUAAUUGUAAAUUCUGCCUGUGACAAUCAGAGAAAGAAUUUUAUGCAUCGUAACCAUACAUUUUUGUUACUGUGCGAUAUCAAUACCUGCAAUUAUAUUCUUCGAUGUGAUAAGCAUGAUGAAAGUUGCACGUUUGUUUAUAACAGAAAUCACGAUUCGUUUACAAUUCCGUUUGUACACGAGUUUGUGAUUCGUCGCUCCACUUCGAAUUGACGAUAGAGUUUCCGUUUUGCUACUCGAUUCGCACGCGACAUUAUUGUAUUACACCGUAUAAUCGUCUCUUACGGAGUCUCAUUGCAGUAUGGAUCACUAAAUUAUUUGUAUUAUAAAUCACGACGGUUAAAACCGUAAUAUAAAAAAAAGAUUUGAAAGAAAAAAAGAAAAAAAAAAACUGAAAAACAAAAAUAAAACCAA